AUGAACUAUAAGUUAGCAGACUUCAUUAGCAAUUACCUCAAUGAAUAAAAACAACUAACAGAGAAAUACACAAAACUUUUUAAUCAAAUAAAGCAAGGAGAUAAUAGUUAUGAUAAAAGCAAUAGUUCGUUAUUGAAUUUGAAGAAGAGAUCUAAUAACGCGGAUUUAAUGUUUAAUUCAAAUAAGGAGAAGUUAAAUUGUUAAUAUUGUGGUAAACAAUAUACUAGCAAAUUACCUUUGAGAAAUCACAUAAAUAAAUUUCAUAUUUCAGAUAAUUAUGGUUCUAGAAAUGAGGUUUCAACAAAAUAAAGUACACCUUAUGAUGAUUAUGAUCAAAGGAAGCAAGAUUAUUCAAGAAGAGAGGAUAGUGAUAAUGAAGCAGACGAAGAAUUGAGACAAAAAUUAUUAAGAAAUGUUUAAGCUAUUGAAAAUAGAGAGAAUGGUAGUUCAUCUAUACUUGAAAAAUAAGAUCAUGAAUUAAUAAUUAGUGGUUUAGAUUCAGAUUCAAGUUCAGAUGGUGAAUGA